CUACUCCAAAUUCCAAAACUAUACUCACUCCGUACAUGCAAACAGGCCUAUAUAAAUAUGGACUAAUAAAGAAUUUAUUUCUUAUUCUGCUGCUGCUGCUGCAUAUUUUAUUGAUUGGUGAUACAGAGAAUACGGAUUGGGGGAAAUGGCUGGAGUUGCAAUUAAGGAGGCUGGAGCGGGGGGAAAUGGGAGUCUAUCAACUUCGCCCCCUUAUGGAGGACCAAAGCGAUCCGACUUAUUUGGAAUGUAUACAUGGACGAUUUAUAAUUUUUCUCAAAUCAACAAAAGAGAACUUCGUAGCAAUGCAUUUGAUAUUGGAGGCUACAAAUGGUAUAUUUUGAUUUUUCCACGAGGCUGUGAUGUCUGCAGUCAUCUCUCUCUUUUUCUUUGUGUUGCAAAUCAUGACAAGCUUCUUCCAGGGUGGAGUCAUUAUGCCCAGUUCACAAUUGCUCUUGUGAAUAAAGAUCCAAAAAAGUCCAAAUAUUCUGAUACGCUGCAUCGGUUUUGGAAGAAGGAAAAUGACUGGGGAUGGAAGAAAUAUUUGGAGCUAUCAAAGGUGCAGGAUGGGUUUAUUAAUGAUGGUGCUUUGUUAAUUAAAGCUCAAGUUCAGGUUAUCAGGGAAAGAGUAGAUCGACCUUUUCGUUCCCUUGCCUGUCAGUAUCGGAGGGAACUUAUAAGAGUGUAUUUAACGGACGUUGAAAAGAUUUGUCAGCGUUUUGUGGAAGAACGUAUGACAAAACUCGGAAAGCUAUUAGAGGAUACAGCUAGAUGGUCUAGUUUCUGUGCUUUCUGGUUGGGUAUGGACCAAAGUGACCGACACCGUUUGUCACGGGAGAAGUCAGAGUCCAUUCUGAAAAUUGUUGUGAAGCAAUUUUUCAUAGAAAAGGAGGUGAAAUCUACACUUGUCAUGGAUUCUUUGUAUAGUGGUUUGAAAGCUCUUAAAGGUCAGAAUAAGGGUAAGAAGAGCAAUAGCAAGUAUUUAGAAGCAGAAGAAUUACCAAUUCCUAUUGUUGGCAUUGAGAAAGAUACAUUCAUUUUGGCUGAUGAUGUAUUGCUAUUGCUUGCGCGGGUUGUUAUGGAACCUUUGCCUCCAAAGGAUAAGAAGGGUCCCCAAAACCAUACUAAGGAUGGGACUGUAGGACAGGAGUUCAGCAAAGAUUCUAUUGAACGUGAUGAGAGGAGACUUACUGAAUGCGGUCGCCAAACUAUUGAGAUAUUUGUCUUAGCCCACAUAUUCAGUAAAAUUGAGUUUGCAUACCAAGAGGCUGUUGUCUUGAAGAAGCAAGAAGAACUCAUCCGUGAAGAGGAGGCAUGGCUUGGUGAAAUAGAGAAAAAAUCCAGGCGAGGAGUUGAUAAGAAAAAGAAGUAAAAAAGAAACAGGUUUGUUAAGUUAUUACUUGGUGAUGCUAGGGAAGCUCAUGGCAAAUUGCAUGCAUGAGGUAAUUUCGUUUUAUUAAAGACUUGGAGUUACAGUUAAUUUUAUAAUCUCUCGAUUUAUUCCACGCAACAAUCUCGUACCAAACUAAAUAACUCAAUCGUAAUUUAGUCUAUCACUGUUAUAUGUGUCAACUUAGGGAUUGUUCGAUUAUCAUGUUACCGUAUUUAAUUUUA